AUGUCGGCGUUGGCCGCACGCGGAAUGCUUGAUUUCUCGCUCGAGGAUGGUGAGCGAGUGGAGCCGUUUUUUGUGACCAAAAAGAAUGGCGAGCUCAGGCUUGUCGUAGACUGCAGGCGUUCAAACUGUCAUUUCACUGAGGCCGGUGGGGUCUCGCUCUGCACUGGUGAAGGGCUUUCCGCCAUCGAGCUGGGGACCGACGAGGAUAUCUUUGUUGGUGGCGCGGAUUUGAGUGAUGCGUUUUACCACAUGGGGCUCCCCAAACCCCUUAGAAAGUAUUUCACUGUUCGGCCCGCGCGGGCCGCGUCUGUAGGGUGCACAGAGAUUGGGGGUCGAGCUGUGGCUGCACAUGAGAAGGUUUACCCUAGGCUCGCUGUCAUUCCCAUGGGAUGGUCUUGGGCUUCAUGGAUGCGCCAGAAGAUACACGAGAGGAUAGUGGAGGCAGCUGGCUCGGAGCCCAAGCUUAGGAUCACCGACAAGACGUGCGCUCCAGACCUCAGCCAGCCGUGCCACACGCAGUAUGUGGACAACUACAUUGCGAUCUCGACCAACCGGGACAACGUGAAAAAUUCGGUGUCGUCUGCCAUCACCGCUCUGGAAAGUGGCGCUGGGGUCGUGGGGGCGCUCUUGGGGGCCCUCGUCGCCAUGCUGGGCGCUGGGCUCGUGCUGCUGCCGCGGGAAAUGAUUGAGCAGGAUUGGAGGGUGGUGGGCCGUUUCGAGUGGCGGAAGAAGGGCGAGAGCAUCCCGGUCCUGGAGGCCCGCGCUACCCUGUACGGCUACAGCGCGGGGGCGCUGGUGCAGGUGCUGCCUACGGCCCCCCCGGGCUCGGUCGGGCCCAAGCGCCGCAAGGUGAGCCAGCGAGCCUCGCGGGCUGCGGCUCGGCGGCCCACAGCAGCGCGGCUGCCGGGCAUGACGGUGCUGGAGGCGGCGUCCAUCAAGCCGAGGACGCGGGACCGCUACCAGGAGAUCUUCGCCGACUUCCUGGUGUGGGCGAACGGCCGUCGGCUGACGACCGAGGACCUUGUGGACCAGGCGAUCGCGGAGUGGCUGGGCGACCUCUACCUGGGCGGCGAGGACCUGAGUGCAGGGUCCCGGGCUUAUGCGGCGGUGACUUUCUUCGCCGGCCUGAACAAAGCGUCGGGCGCGCUGAUGCCUCGGUCGCGCCGCGCCCUCCAGGGCUUUCGCAAGCUCGCACCACCGCGAUCUCGAUUGCCGAUGCCCUACAUGGUAGCGGCGAUGGCGGUGAUGGAGCUCCUGGGCCGACAGCGUUACCAGAGUGCGCUCGCCGUCCUUCUCAUCUUCGAGCUGUGCCUGAGGCCCGGAGAAGCGUUCCACAUCAGGGCGGUGGACCUCGCCCCGCCCGUGGCGAGGGUCAGCGGAGCGCCCCACUGGUGCGUGACUCUCCAUGCCGCCGAGACCGAGAGGGAGUCCAAGACCGGCGAGUUCGACGAGAGCCUGUCUCUGGAUCUCAGCCGGCAGUCCUUCAUCGGGCCCGCGCUCGACCUGAUGCUGAAGCACCAGCUGGGCGCGGACUGGCGGCGCGCAGAGCAGAGGCACGUCGGCUCCGGCCUGCACCUGGCGGCGCCGCUGUUCACCGUGACGCUCGACGAGGUGACGAGGGACUUCAAGGGGGCCGUCGAAACGCUGGGGGUGGACACCGCGCUGGGCGCCGCCCACAUGUACAUGCUGCGGCACGGCGGCGCCUCGCACGACUACGCCUCGGGCUGCCGCCGCUUGGAGGACGCGCGCCGUCGCGGGCGCUGGCGUUCGUGGUCCUCGGUCCGGCGCUACGAGAAGGGGAGCAGGUUGGGUCAAGUCGUUCACAAGCUCGGGCCGGUGCUCCAGGCCCACGGCAAACUCUGCGUCGAGCUGCUGAGCGAGCGUGUCUUCGUCGAAGCCUUCUCGGGCAGCGGCCACCUCUCGGAAGCGAUCUCGAGGGUAGGUGUCACCGCCCUGCUGUGGGACACUAGCCUCGGCGAGUCGUGCGACCUUAGGUGCAAGCGCAAUCGCCUCCUUCUCCUCGGGUGGGUGAGAGCAGGGCUGGUGGCUGGCGCCCAUGGCAUCGCUGUUGUCACCGCCGAUUUUUGUCAAGGGGGGGUGCCCUGGAAGAAGAGUGCCACCUUCUUGUGCUACGAUCUUGACCUGGCCGAGCUUGAGGCGGCCAGAUGCGCCGGGAGUAAGAGAGGCAUUUGCAAGCGUGCCGGUCUUCCCCAUCAGCAGCUCCAAGGCAAAGAUCAGACCGGCAAUUUCUACACCAAGCUUGCUGAGCCUUGCCCUAAGAAGUUGUGUAAAGAUAUCGCGGACGCUUAUUGCAAGACUUGGGCCAAAUGUCUCGGGGAGUCCUUUGGGCGCUUUAUGCAGUAA